AUGGCCGACGAAGCUGAAUCCUCCGGCGCCUCUAAUAACGAGCGCUUGAUUGCGGCCGCGCGCGAGGAUAACGAGGAUCUUCUGCUCGAGAUCUUCGAUGCUGGGGGCUUCGACAUCAACCACCAAGACAGUCUUGGCAACACAGCACUGCACUACGCCGCAAAGCUCGGUAACACGGACGUUCUUGAACAUAUCCUGUCGCACGAAGAGUGCGAUGUAGACCCGCUCAAUCGGCUUGACAAACAAACACCACUACACCUCGCCGCGCAGAUCGAGGAGCAGGAGAUGCGGAAGUUUGUUGUAGAGGAGCUCUUAGAGGCCGGCGCUGAUACCACGAUCAAGGACAAGCACGGCCAACUCGCUCUUUAUUACGUUCCUCACGAUGACACCGAGACGCGCGGAUUAUUCCGCAAGGCGCAAGCACAGGCGUCAAUCUCUAAGGAUGAUAUUGCUGACGAUGACGAUGAUGGCGAGCCCGGGUCGGGCUCUGGCUCUGGCUCCGACGAUGAAUAG